UCCCUCCCUCUCUCUCACACACACCCCCGCCUGGGCCUCCUCUCUCUCCGGCUCCAUUUUCUCCGCCGCCGGGGGCCGGAGUCUCCUCUGGGGGGGCCCAGCCCAUAUCCCAGAGCUCCCCCCAAGGCAGGGGCCCCCCAGAGAGCCAGGAGAGGGGGAGACAGGAAGGGGUGGUGGCAGUAGGAGCAUCGGCCCAAGCAAUUUUUCAAGAAAAGGGGGGAACCCAGGAGAGAGGAGGGGCUGAUCAGGGAGGGGGCUCCGGGGGGAGGGGGGCCCCCCCCAGCCAUGGACGAAAGGCUACUAGGGCCACCCCCUCCAGGCGGGGGCCGGGGAGGCCUGGGGCUAGUAGGUGGGGAGCCAGGAGGACCUGGGGAACCUCCCGGUGGUGGAGAACCCGGAGGGGGUGCUGGGGGGGUCCCAGGAGGACGGGGAAAGCAGGACAUCGGGGACAUCCUGCAGCAGAUCAUGACCAUCACCGACCAAAGCCUGGAUGAGGCCCAGGCCAAGAAACAUGCCCUGAAUUGCCACCGAAUGAAGCCUGCUCUUUUCAGUGUCCUAUGUGAGAUCAAAGAGAAGACGGGCCUCAGUAUCCGAAGCUCACAGGAGGAGGAGCCCGUGGACCCCCAGCUGAUGCGUUUGGACAACAUGCUUCUGGCAGAAGGGGUGGCAGGACCAGAGAAGGGAGGAGGGUCUGCAGCCGCUGCUGCGGCAGCAGCAGCCUCCGGGGGUGGAGUGUCUCCAGACAACUCCAUUGAACACUCUGACUAUCGAAGUAAACUGGCCCAGAUCCGUCAUAUCUACCAUUCUGAGCUGGAGAAGUAUGAACAGGCCUGUAAUGAGUUCACCACUCAUGUGAUGAACCUGCUUCGAGAGCAGAGUCGUACCCGGCCUGUUGCUCCCAAGGAGAUGGAGCGUAUGGUUGGCAUCAUCCACCGAAAAUUCAGUGCCAUUCAGAUGCAGCUCAAGCAGAGCACAUGUGAAGCCGUCAUGAUCCUUCGCUCACGGUUUCUGGAUGCCAGAAGAAAACGCCGUAACUUCAGCAAACAGGCCACUGAGGUCUUAAAUGAGUAUUUCUACUCCCACCUGAGUAACCCUUAUCCCAGUGAAGAGGCCAAGGAAGAGCUCGCCAAGAAGUGUGGGAUCACUGUCUCCCAGGUCUCCAACUGGUUUGGCAACAAGCGGAUCAGAUAUAAGAAGAAUAUCGGGAAGUUCCAGGAAGAAGCAAAUAUCUACGCAGUGAAAACUGCUGUGUCUGUCACUCAAGGGGGGCAUAGCCGUGCCAGCUCCCCUACACCUCCCUCUUCUGCAGGCUCUGGUGGUUCCUUCAACCUCUCAGGAUCUGGAGACAUGUUCCUAGGGAUGCCUGGGCUCAAUGGAGACUCCUACCCCAGCUCCCAGGUGGAAUCGCUCCGUCAUUCAAUGGGCACUGGGGGCUACGGGGAUAGCCUUGGGGGAGGCCAGAUGUACAGCCCCCGGGAAAUGAGGGCUAAUGGUGGCUGGCAAGAAGCAGUGACCCCAUCUUCAGUGACAUCCCCAACAGAGGGACCUGGGAGCGUUCACUCUGACACGUCCAACUGAUCCAGUCUCUGUCUCAGGGGUGGGGGCACAUGGGGUGACUCUUGGGGAGGCCCCAGACAUCCAGUGUUCACACCCCAUCCGGAGGAGAAGCACAAGGCAGAGGGGCAAAUGGGGUUUUUCCUCAUGAAGAAGGCGUCUUAGUGCUGGGGGUGCGAACCACAGGGUGGGAAGGCUCUCCCAAGGGACCUUCUCUGUUUUCCCCUUAUCCCUGCCCUCUACCCUGCUUCUUUUCUUCUCUUAUUCCUCUCUCUCUCUCUCUCUCUCUCUCUCUCUCUCUCUGACAUGACUUAUUCUCUUGCCCUCCCCACUCCACCCCACCCCACUUAUCCACUCUAGAAUUGGGCAGAGAUGCCACCCUGCCUUCCUAGUGACGCCAAAAAUGGGGACAAAAUUUCUGGACAGAGGACACAGGCCAUGCCCCCUGUGCACCCCGCCCCCUGCCCCCUAAGACAGCUCUUAUUACCUCAUAUGCAGCUCAUCUUAAACCAAUAGAAUCGCUCGGUGGACAAGAGUGUCUGACUCAGAUAUCUACCUCGGAGGGAGUUUCUGCUACUUUAGAGAAAUGUUGACUGGGCUUUGGAUUUUUUUUUUCUUAAAAAAAAAAAAGAAAAAGAAAACCUGGGAUUCAUCUGGUUUUUUUGUUUUGUUUUGUUUUUAAUUUUUAAUUUAGUUUUUUUUUCUGGGGGGAGGGGUGUGGGUAAAUGUAUUGACUCUUUGGGUUUCUUCCUUUCCCAUAUUAGGGUUAUAGCCAGGAGUGUCCUGUUGUAGGAGGGAUGGGCAAACAAAUCUAAGAGGAUCCAGCCAACCCCACUCCCCAAAUGGGUCCAUCAGGGAGUCUGAUCAGCACAGUCUCUUGAAAGAGGGGAAUAAAACCCACCCUUCAGACCUUGCUGAGUACUGGAGGCUUUUCAUUUGCGUGUGCAAAUCGGUCUGCUUCUUUAUCCCAGAUGCUUGGUAAUAGGGUGACUAAAGGGGAUAAAUGACCUUCCCAUGUAUCCCUUCCCAGGGCAAGUAACUGGGGAGUGGGUUAACACAGCUGAGGAUUUAGUGACUUUGAAGGAGGAAAAAGUAAAAUCCCUGCCCCCUCUCCCAGGGACUAACACAUCUUAAUAUCUGUUUUUGCAUUUUUUCUUUAUUUUAUUGUUAUUCUAGCUUGAGGGGGGAGGUUGGGGGGCUCAUUGCCAAAUAUAUUAAAGAGGAGGGUACACUUGUUGUCUCUCCCUCAGUUUCCCCAGAAAUGAGGUUUCUGUUCUCACCCCAAAAUCAGGGGUUAUGGGGAGGAGGGAGGGCAACAGGGGCCAAGUGUGGAGGGAAGGAAUAUUAGAAAUGUCCCAUAUCCCCACCCCUCUCCCCUCCUGGCUAAACCCUUCAAACAUCCUCAGGAUUUGGUGUGUGUGUUGGGGUGAGAGUACUCCUCCCACUAUAGGUGAUCUGGGGUGGGGUCAGGGAGCAAAGGGGAUUGUUGGGGGGGGGCAGUUAUCUCCUCACUUGUAAACUUGUAGUUUCACAGAACAAAUGGCAGUUUUAAAUAAAGAAAUUUCUUUUUUCCCUGGG